AUGCUUCUCUCCGCAUUUUCACCACGAGAGCGUGCGCUCGUUGAUCAUCAGCCAGCGCUGCCUCCUUCCUAUCCGCUGGCCGUCCGAAGUCCCUAUCUCUCGACAUGGAUGCCCAGCGAUCAGGUUCAGACGUUGCCGUAUGCGGAGCCUCAGUUCUGGGCGGGACAGAGUCUCACCUGGUCGGUUAUGGCUCGCGUCGAUGGCCAGGCGUACAGUUUGAUGAGCGUCAAGAAUCCGGGCGAGAACAUCCGUCCUGCUAUCGUUCGAAGCGCCGAGUACACUGCGACCCAUUCAGUGUUUACUCUUUCCGCUGGUUCGAUGGUUUUCACUCUGGACUUUUUCUCGCCCAUAUCGCCCUCAAACUAUCUGCGACAGUCCCUCCCUUUCAGCUAUUUGACAGUUUCUAUUUACUCUAGUAUCGACGGAAGAUGGACGGGCAAGCCGCAACACACUACACGUGGUUUCCGUGAGAUCGGCUCCACGGCCGUCUUUUCCUUGGGGUUGAAGAAUGGCGUCCCUUACUCUGAAGUAGAUGACAUGGCCACUUGGGGCGAGGCGAUAUUCGCCUCUCGUCCGACUUCCAGGUCCAAACUCUCCUUCUCAUCCGGUAAACGUGGUGAUGUGCGUUCUCAGUUUGUCAGUACCGGGAGGCUGGUCGACAACCGCCAGUCAUGGGCUCCAGGAGGGAUUGUAGCCCUUUCGCACGACUUAGGAAGGGUUGACAGCCCAGAAUCAGUGACAUUUGCCGUUGGACAUGUGCGCGAAGAGUCCAUUAAUUACCUGGGCAAGCCAUACACCGGUUAUUACCGAUCGCAGUACCCGGAUAGCCACAACGCGGUCUCUUACUUCCUUGACGACUAUGACGACGCUCUGCAGGAGUCCCGGGUGCUCGAUACGGAGAUGGCCAAGCAAGCCAAAGCAGCGGCAGGCCAGAAGUACGCCGAUAUCGUCACACUGUCGGCUCGCCAGGCGUACGGAGGGAUAGAGGUGACCAUUCCUAAUGACACUCUGGACACCACCGAUGUUCUGGCAUUCAUCAAGGAGCUUUCCAGCAAUGGUAACCUCAACACAGUGGAUGUUAUCAUGCCCGCCUUCCCAAUUUACUACGUUCUGGACCCGGACUACAUCCGCCUUUUGCUGGAACCGAUGAUGAGAUACCUGGCUGCUGGCCGCUGGCAAAAGCCGUAUGUAAUCCACGACAUGGGCAAGCAUUACCCCAAUGCCAUCGGGCAUGACGAUCAGAAGGCCGAGCCAAUGCCGAUCGAGGAAUGUGGAAAUCUAAUGGUACUGAUCCUGGCCUACGUGCGAGCAACGGGUGACACCGAAUGGGCCGCCCAGUACACUGACCUCCUGAGGGGCUAUGCGGACUACUUGGUCGAUAAUGGUGUUGAUAUCACCAAGCAGCUGUCUUCCAACGACGCGGCUGGUGCACUUGCCAAUGAGACGAACCUUGCCAUCAAGGCGGCCGUCGGUAUCAAGGCAUUCGGCGAACUAACGGGACUUUCCGAAUACUCUGAAAUCGGCGAAGCGCGCGCGGAUCUGUUCUUCACCCAGGGCCGUGGAACAGACGGGAAUAAGACACACUUCGUGCUGCAAUACCCCGACAAGCCAGCCUCGUGGAAAAUUCCAUACAACCUCUACCCAGAUGUACUACUUGAUCUUCAGACCUUCCCCAAAGCGGCAUACGAAAUGGGAAAUACCUUCUUCAAGUCUGUUCGAGCUGAAUAUGGAGUUCCGUUGGAUAACCGGCAAGACUGGGCCAAGUCGGACUGGAACAUGUGGUUGGCAGGCACAUUUGACGCCGACACUCGGUCUGAGUUUGUGGAUGAUCUUUGGAGUUUCAUGACCAACGGAAAACACAACUGGCCGUUCUCCGAUCGGUACGUUGCCACAUCCGCCAAGGGACGGAGCCCUGGGGUGCCUGUGUUGUGCCGAGCUCGCCCAACAGUGGGUGGUCAUUUUGCCCUGAUGGCACUACAAGGGCCCAAAUCUCUUCAGGCUGCUGUGUCGAGGCAGCCCCGUCCUCCACACAACUUCGGUCCUCAAGGCUAUCCCCUCCCCAACGGUGCUGUUCCUUCUGGUCCCGUCCCCGGCGCCGCCCCUCUCCUUCCCAACAAUGGUCGAAUCAUUCAGAAUGGUCCCGUCAGAGUGCUGUGCAUUGCGGACGUGCGAGGUAAUCUGAAGUCCUUGAAUGAGUUGGCCAGGCAGGCCCGUGCAGACCAUAUCAUCCACACUGGUGACUUCGGUUUCUACGAUGACACUUCGCUCGAGCGCAUUGCAGACAAGACUCUUAAGCACGUGGCCCAAUACUCUCCCCUGCUCCCCGAGAAUGUCAAGCGCACGAUCGCCCAGACUCCUCCCCAGCAGUCGAUCAAGCAACGAUUCACCCCCGAUCAGCUACCCCUCUCAGAGCUUCCCAUGCUGCUCGACAAGCGGCUCACCCUCGAUGUUCCUGUCUACACUGUCUGGGGUGCCUGCGAGGAUGUUCGUGUGUUGGAGAAGUUCCGUUCGGGAGAGUACAAGGUUGACAAGCUGCACAUCAUCGAUGAAGCCAACUCGCGGCUACUCGACAUUGGCGGUGUGAAGCUCCGUCUCCUGGGUCUGGGAGGAGCUGUGGUUAUGCACAAGCUGUUCGACAAUGGCGAGGGCAAGACUACUAUUGCUGGUGGUCAAGGCACCAUGUGGACAACCCUACUGCAAAUGGGAGAGCUGAUUGACACAGCAAACCGUGUAUACGACCCCUCAGAGACCCGGAUCUUCGUCACGCACGCGUCGCCGGCUCGUGAGGGCAUGCUGAACCAGCUGUCGGUCACGCUCAAGGCCGAUUUCUCCGUCUCCGCUGGCUUGCACUUCCGUUACGGCUCGUCCUACAACGAAUUCUCCGUCAACCCCUCCCUCGACCACUACCGGGGCAAGCUCGCCGCUUCCAAGGCUUCCUUCAAUGAUGUGUGGGAGACUGUCCGCGGCGAGGUCGAGGCCGCCAUUUCGCAGAACGAGGCUCAGAAGACUUUGCUCGACAAUGCCCUGGAGGUGGUCACCAAGAUGCCUACCGUUGCCAACGGUGGCAACCCGUUCGGUGGACCUGCUGCUCCCGGCAACGCAGCUGGCCAGGUCGACGAAAGCGCCUUCAAGAACAUGUGGAACUUCAACUUGGCGGACGCAGCAUUCGGCUUCUUGGUGCUUGAGAUCGAGUCGGGCCGCAUCGCUACCGAAAUGCGCGCUCAAGGAUUCAACUUUGCCCACCGUACUGGCAAGCCCCAGCCCGCUGGCCCAGCCCAGCCCGCUCCCGUCCCCGCUGGCGCCCCCGCUGGAAUUGCCUCGCCUCGCGUUCCCGGAGCUGCUCCCCAAUUCGGUCAGGCCCAACCUGUUCCCGCCCGCACGGGUCCCCUUCCCCAACAGCAGGCCCCAGCUCAGGCCAAGGCUCCCGCCGCCGCUCCCGCUCGUACAUCCCCCGUUCCCGUGAUUCCUAAGCCUGCUACGCCGCAGCCUGCCGUGACGUCCCCGGAGAGAACCACGACCACCGAGGCCAAUGGUACCGCUCAGCCUGAGAAGCCCUCCGAAUCUCCGCUGCCCAAGAUUGAGAAGAAGCAGAGCAACGGCCUCUUCGUCUCGAACGUUGAGAAUGAACAAGCUGUGCGUGAUCUCUUCCCCGAGGAAGACAAGGCCAAGAUCACAAAGAUUGAGAAAUGGGGCAAAUACAACAACCAUGUCGUCCACUUCGCGACUGUCGAGGAGGCCAAGGCUGCUCUCGAUCGCCAGCCUGCCGAGCACAAGAAGCCUACCCCUGCCGGUCAGCCCCGUAAGCCCAACAUCAAGUUCUUCGAAGACCGGGGCAGCCACCGCGGCAAUGCCGGUACAUGGCAGAGCAGCAACCGUGGUGCCAACGCCCCCCAGCGCGGGUACCAGAGCGGAGGUGCCAGUGACAGCGAGACUAACCGCGGACGUGGAUUCCGUGGCCGAGGUGGUGCUGGCCGCGGCGACCGGGGCGGACGUGGCGGCCGUGGCGGUCGCGGUGGGUUCAACAAGGGAGGUGCUCCGACUUCAGACUCGGGACCAGGCGACAAGCCCGCUGCAACUGGAGGCGACGCUUGA